CUUCCCCUCUGCAUACACCCCGGCAGUGACACUUGCAGCCAGCAGAGGGCGCUGCUAUUAUUGCAGGCCGCACUCACAUCCCCGGACUUUCCCACGCUGGCUGGCCGGGGCGCUCUCUCAUCAUGGCGGAUACCGCGCCGGGGCCCGACACAGAGUCAGAGCAGAUUCGCCUGAAAAGCGUCAGAGAGGAGAAAUUCAUAGCGGUGCCGGAGGAGAACAGAUUCGGACAGUGUCGAAGUGUAAAAGAGUUUGAAAAGUUAAACAGAAUUGGAGAAGGGACUUAUGGUAUUGUGUACCGGGCCAGAGACAGCAGGAACAAUGAGAUUGUGGCACUGAAGAAAGUGAGAAUGGACAAAGAAAAGGAUGGGAUCCCGAUCAGCAGCCUCCGAGAGAUCACCCUGCUUCUAAAGCUAAGACACCCCAACAUCGUGGAGCUAAAGGAAGUGGUUGUCGGGCAUCAUUUGGAGAGCAUCUUCUUGGUCAUGGGUUACUGUGAGCAGGAUCUGGCCAGUCUACUUGAAAACAUGCAGACCCCAUUCUCCGAAGCCCAGGUAAAAUGCAUUUGUUUCCAACUACUCACCGGCCUCCAGUAUCUGCAUGAAAACUUCAUAGUGCACAGAGACCUGAAGGUGUCCAACCUUCUCAUGACUGAUAAAGGCUGCGUGAAGAUAGCGGAUUUCGGUCUGGCACGAGCGUACAGUGUUCCCGCCAAGCAAAUGACUCCUAAAGUGGUGACCCUCUGGUAUAGGGCUCCGGAGCUGCUGCUGGGAAGCACAACGCAGACCACAGCCAUUGACAUGUGGGCGGUGGGAUGUAUACUGGCAGAGCUCCUGGCCCACAAGCCUUUACUCCCAGGCACCUCGGAAAUCCAGCAGAUUGACCUGAUCAUACAGCUGCUGGGAACACCCAAUGAAAAUAUCUGGCCGGGUUUCUCUAAGCUGCCACUCGUCGGCCAAUACUCCGUCCGCAAGCAGCCGUACAACAACCUGAAGCACAAGUUCCCCUGGCUCUCCGAGGCUGGCCUGCGUCUCCUGAACUUCCUGUUCAUGUUUGACCCCAAGAAGAGAGCCACAGCCGAGGACAGCCUGGCAAGUUCCUACUUCAAGGAAAAACCUCUACCCUGUGAGCCGCAGCUGAUGCCGACGUUCCCACAUCACCGCAACAAGAGGGUGAGCAGCUCAGGGGCAGAGAGCCAGAUGAAGCGCUCCAAGCAAUGAGGCACCUCACUCGUGGCUUUGUAGCAGAGCGGCUGCAGAACACAGCGGAGCAGCAGUGUUAUCAGGAACGGCUACUGACGAGGCGCUGCAUGAGGCUUCCUGUGGGACUUGUGUCAGGUUCAUCAGCAAGGGGACAUGGUGUAGGAAGCUGGGCCGCCUCUCCUACCGGUGGAUGUGAAUGUUUAGGACUGGACAGCACACGAGGACCAGGGGCAGGACGAUUGGGUUGCAGUAAAAUGACAUUUACAUGUAGGUUGUUACUAGGUGCACGUGUGUAGUGUUACUGCCACCUGUUUGGCGGGGGUAAAUGUAACAUAGAUGAUUGCGGUAUUAUCCUUACGUGUUGUAUGUUCCAUCAUAAGCUGCACAUCGCUGAUCUGCUGUCUAUGAACUAGGAUAAUGGAGCUACACGCUGAUUCAUGGUUUCAUUGGACUAAUUAAAAGGCAUGAAAUAAUGCAUGCGGCACGCCAGCUGCUGUGGAACUACACAUCCCAGCAUGCUCUGGACAGUUCUAGCAAAUCCUAACAGCAAAACUCUGUGCACAGCAUGCUGGGAUGUGUGGUGCCACAGGUUCCACAGCCCUGAAAUAAUGAAACCUUUCAGUUACCGAAUUUGGAAAAGACUGACAGAAGAGCGCCAUUGGCCCGGGCUGUCGGAUGUAAUGUGAAAGUGGCGGUAUACCAGUGUUUCCCAACCCCAGUCCACCAGGCGCGCUAACUGUCCAGGUUUCAGCGAUAUCCGUGCUUGUGCACAGAUGGUUACAUCAAAAUAACUGAGGUACUAAUCUAGUCACCUGUGCUCAAGUAUGACUAUUAUCACUGCUGUAUACCGAGGGGACGCCAGGGAAGACAAAUGAAAAAAAGGUUUUUAGGCGCUGAACAGGGUCGUGCAAAUAUAGCACUGGUAAUGGCAGCCACUUGGUAAGGAGGUAGCCGGCCUCCUGAAAGUAAAACAACUAAAACAAAAUCACCAAGUAGG